AUGGCUAAUCAUCACGAAGAAGCGCGCGACGCCAAGAAUUGUGACCACAUGGAGUUGUGGAAGCAGAGGCUGUUGGCAGAAGAAGAUGGAGUGCUGGCACCGGGCGGGCCUGCUGCGCUUGGUCCCGGUGGUACCUUGGCUCAUCCCGAGGUCUCCAGGAUGCGCCACGACUCUCCUCUACUCCAACAACAUUAUACCUUCUCGAUGCAUCCUGCUGCCGUCACUGCUUGGAUUUCGGAGCUCACCUCUCCUCCUCCGGCCCUGACUCCCUCCCACAAGCACGCGAGAGCUUACCUUUGCGAGAGUGUAUCACCGCGCAAGACUCGCCGUCUCACACUGGAUGAAAAGAUGUCUACUAGCCACACCAAUCCUGUGCCGUCACCGCACAACGAAGAUUCCGACAGUCGCAACGUCUUGGAGGAAAAUGUCACACGAACGCCAUCACCCCUCAAACGCCGAUUGCCUAUCGACAUGUACUCUCCCGAUGCAGACCCCGUGGACGAGCUCGAUGAGCCUACGCCCCGGCGAUCCAACACAAACAACGUACAACCUGUCCGCAAGCUCUCGUACAGAGAGACUCUUGACGCUAUCACAGAUGAUCUCCACGGUCAUGGCUCCGGGAAUAACUUCAAGUCUCGAUUUGUUUUGCGACCAAGCACGCAGUCACAGUCGGCGUCAACAUCUUCUGCCCGCUCAAGAAGCCCGAGAAAGGUCACUUCGUUGCGGCACGUAGGGAGCGGCGUCACGUACACAGGUCUGGCUGCCACAACGGAUCUCCAAGAGAUGCAACUGGGAACUGCAGGGUUUGCUCUCCUCCAAACUUUGUACGACGCAAUCGAGGGCCCUGUGUUCGCUGCGAGCUUGCAAGAACACUUGGGCAAGGCGAGCAUUGGGAGAAUCAGGCCCUCCCAGCUAGAUCACAAUGACGACCGUCCAAUAGAGGAGCUUCUGCGCGAGCUGCACAUUGUGCAGACUAUCUAUGCGCUGUCAAAUCGCUGUGUGGAGAACCGGGACCACGAGAGCGAGUGGAACAAUCGCGUUCACACUAAAGUCUUAGAGCUGGCUUUAGGUAACGACGAGGCAAGUGUUGGGUUUCGAAGCGUAACAUCUGCAAAAAUUACAGCUGACUUCCGACCGACACAUUGCCCUGCUCUUACCACCGCCAAGAUAGUUGACUACGUGAUUUUCCUUGAACUCUCACACCCUGCUCGCGAUGCCGUAUUGCCUCUUGUCGACAUGCCAUCACAGUCUAUUAACCACGUGAGCUAUGAUGGCCUGCGAACUCGACCUAUAGCUGUAUCCAUCGAGACUAAAACUGAGAGCCGUACUCAAGAGGAAGCGAAAGUGCAGUUAGGUGUGUGGUUGGCGGCGCAAGUGGCCCGCAUCGAGAAGCUAAUGCAGGAGACUGUUCUGCUGAAAGCGAACAAACAUGAAGCAGCGAGGCAAGCAGGACUGGAAGAUAUUAGACACAGGCAGAAACGUCCCAUGCAUACGCAACCACAGACGCAGGAUCUGGCCCAGCCUUGUACCAUCAACAAUGUUAACCCCGAUCCCAAACACCUCAUCUCUCAAAUCGUGUUUCCCCUCCUUUCCGUCCAGUCUGAUGUAUGGUAUCUCUUCUUUGGACGGGUGUCCACUCCUCCUGGAAUAGCUGAUAAUUCAGACAUCCGGAAACCUGCCUCGCCCAUCCAGAUCUUCUUUUCUGUUGCUCUUGGAAGCACAGCAAAUAUAACGCAGACAUAUCGACUGGUGAAGAGCCUAAAAGCACUAAGGGCGUGGAUUGAUGAAGAUUUUCGGAAAUGGUGGGAUGAAGUUCUAGAUGUCGACGGGGAUGGUACAGAGGAGAGGGAGGCCAGAAUGAACUAA